AUGUUUGGACCUUUUGAAUCCUCUAAGUGUGUAAUGAAACCUUUCUGUUAACCCUUUCAUUUUCAGAGUGAAUAAUGCAGCCUUUUAAAUGAAACCUCUGUGGGAGAACUUUAACGACUCUUCACAUUUGCAUUUGUUUUAACACCUUAAAAUCGCCCAUUUAGCGAAUGAAUGUACCCUAUUUAGGUUUAUUAGUAUGUCUAAUUUAUUCCUGUUUCGAUUUUUCCAUUUUCCAUUUUUCUUUUUAGCAUCUUUCGAGGACAUGGUUUUUGGAAUUAGUUGUAUAAAUUAUGUGUAUAUUAUUGUAUUUUUAACAGGUUAUAUGAAGAAGAUUUUCCGUUUGAGGCUCAUUUGAAAGUUCGCCUGAUAAAUGACCAACACACAGCACAAGUGGAAUUUCGUAACACUUUCCAACUAACGGGGAGAAAUCUUUCGUUGUGUACAUAA